UGGGGAGGGGGGCACUUAAGGACUGUCAGAGCGCCCGCGACCCGGAGAGAGAGAAAGGAGGGAUCUAGAAACCGUCACAUCGAUCGGGGAUUUAGAUGGUCCGGGGGCACUUAGAAACUGUCAAACGUCCCAGAAAUGAGAAUGAAAGGGAUGUGUGGAGAGAGAGAAAGAGAGAGAGGGAGAGAGAGAAACUCUCCCCGGAUGAAAAGGAGAGCUUAACCUGUCCAAAGUGGGCAACUAUAAGGAAGUGCCAGGCGAGGAUCGGAACCACGGGCGAGUAGGAGGAGGAAAAGGAGAGAGGGUCGGCAGCAAUGCCUCUCCUCUUAAGUCCCCUCGUUGCUUAAAUGGACAUCUCUGAACCCGACGCGGCUCAGCAGCCCUUGCUCGACUCCCAAAGGCGCCCGAGCCGCCCCCUCCCCGCUGGCCGCUCCCAGCAGCCCCUCCCCUGCCAGAUGCAUUAUUAAAACCACCUCGCAAUUUGCCUCCCGGGGAAGGUAACCAGAAGGGGGGAAGGUGGCUGCGCAAAGGGGACUUUGUGUCUUUAAGGGGCUGUCAGAUCCCUCUUCCCCACGCCCCACGCCCCCCGGGGCGCCCCCUCCCCUCCGGCUUUCAAAGAGAGCUGCCAGCGCUUAAAAGGUUUGACACACAGAGGCGAGCGAGGCUGGACUGCUCCGCGCUUACACGAGACGAGCGCGCAGAACUCCUCGCUCGCUUUCCCCCUUUGGUGACAGCCCUUUUGCCAGGAGAUCUUUUGUUGCCUCCGCAGCCAAUCAAGGCUUUUUACGACACAGUUCAGUUGGGAUAUAAAAGGAGAGUCCUUUUUUUCCCCCUCUCCCCCCCCCACCCCGGCCUUUCCUUUCCCCCAACCAGCAAGUCACCCACCAUCUCCAACCCAAAGAACUUCUAGCCAUCAGAAGAGCAGCAGCAGCAGCACCACCACCAACGACCAGCACCCAGCAGCUGCGGCUCGCCAUCCCUCCCCAUCCCCCCUGCACGGCCAAAGCAGGGCGAUUUUUUUGUUUGUUUGCAAGAGAAAGGACCGGGGUUUGGUGCGGGCGGGGGGCGGGAGGGUGCACCGCGCAGCUCGCCCACCAUGCGGGUGCCCAGGUCUCGUGUGCUCUUCUGCUGCCUGGUGCUGUCCUUGGAGUUCUGCACGGGGGAGCCGGCGGAGCGAGGGGCGGAUAAAGCGCCCACGGUGGGAGUCCCCUUGGUGACAGAGGCAGAGGACCAGGGCUGCCCGGUGUGUCUGUGGCGGAAGCACAGCAAGGAGAUGAGGCUGGAGAGCAUCAAGUCGCAGAUCCUCAGCAAGCUGAGGCUCAAAGAGGCGCCCAACAUCACCCGAGAGGUGGUCAACCAGUUGUUGCCCAAAGCGCCUCCGCUGCAGCAGAUCUUGGACUUGCACGACUUCCAGGGGGACUCCUUCCAGCACGACGACUAUCUGGAGGAAGAUGAGUACCAUGCCACCACCGAGACUGUCAUCAGCAUGGCACAAGAAACGGACCCUGUGGUACAGAUUGAAGGCAACCCGCACUGCUGUUUCUUCAACUUCAGCCCCAAGAUCAUGUUCACCAAGGUAGUAAAGGCACAGCUGUGGGUGUACCUGCGGCCCGUUCAGCAUACCUCCACGGUCUACCUACAGAUCCUGCGCCUCAAACCAGUGACGGAGGAUGGGAGCCGCCAUAUUCGUAUCCGCUCACUCAAGAUUGACCUGAAUUCCCGCAUUGGCCACUGGCAGAGCAUUGACUUCAAGCAUGUACUGCAGAACUGGUUCAAGCAGCCUCAGAACAACUGGGGUAUCGAGAUCAACGCUUUUGAUCCCAAUGGCAAUGACCUGGCCGUCACCUCUCUUGGGCCUGGUGCUGAAGGCCUGCACCCUUUCAUGGAGCUACGCGUGCUGGAGAACAACAAACGCUCCCGGAGGAACCUGGGACUAGACUGCGAUGAGCACUCAACUGAGUCCCGUUGCUGCCGCUACCCACUGACUGUUGAUUUUGAGGCCUUCGGCUGGGAUUGGAUUAUCGCCCCCAAGCGGUACAAAGCCAACUAUUGUUCAGGCCAGUGCGAGUAUAUGUUCAUGCAGAAAUAUCCUCAUACCCAUCUGGUGCAGCAGGCCAAUCCCCGGGGCUCAGCCGGGCCUUGCUGCACACCCACCAAGAUGUCUCCCAUCAACAUGCUGUACUUCAAUGACAAACAGCAGAUAAUCUAUGGCAAAAUCCCUGGCAUGGUUGUUGACAGGUGUGGAUGCUCUUAAACCCUCUGCCUGUCCUGUCACUCCUUCCUCAUGAUUCCCCUGGAUUCCUGCUUCGAUGAUGCAUCCUGACACUGAUGAAUCCAUUCCUGAUCAUCUUAAAACAUUUCUGAAGAGAAAAUAAUUGUGGGAAAAGAACAAGAUGGAUAGAAUUGUAUUGAAAAUCUCUGAAGUGACAUCAUGCACUGUGCAAUAAUCAAAACAGACGUCACGUUACUGGAGAGUGAAUGAGUUGGCUUGGAUCAAUACUUUCCUCACUGAGGCAGAUCUGAAAUGACCUCUUCUCUUCCAAAACCCUUUGUUUGACCCAUCAUUGCUCAAGCUUUACUUUUACUGGUAUUGUUUUUCUUCCCAACCCCCUUUCUCUCUCAAUCUGAGAGUAAAAAUGAUUACAAAGUGGGAAAAGUUCAUCAGAAAGAGAGAGGCUCUUCAACCCGUUUACAAACAGUGAAAGCUUCCUAGAUUGUGAUUGUUAAGUUAAAUAAAAUGUUGUAUGGAGCUAUAGAGAUAAAGAGGGAAAAAAGAGGUAAAUAUUUUGUAUUAAGAUGAAGAAAGACAGAGAAAGGGACCAGCCAGCUUGGGGAAUAUUUGGCAUUUUGGGGGGUGGGUGGGAGGGUGAAUAUGAUGUGGGACUUUGAGGGUUGCUGAACCUGCCUGCCUUUUGUGAGACAGACUCCCUUAAAAGUUAGGAGACGCCCAAGAAACAGAAACUAGAGUCCACUUGCAAUGUUUUUCUCUGAUGCAUAGUUCCAAGGUGAUGAAGUAGAAGUGUAGUCCGUAGACUUAGACGGGUGUUGGAGGAGCUGUCCAAUCGGAGGAAAAAUUUAAUUCCAUCUCCUUGGGUGUAAGUCCACCUCCUUAGUUUCAGUAUCCCUCAUGCAGACUGACACUUCAAAGUUGAUAUCCUUCAGUGUUAGUGUCCUUAGGAAACUGUAAACUCAACUCAUUGAAUUCAAAGUUGCUAUUAGCUUAACAUGUACUUAACCUAAGUUCAUCUUUGAAGUAGUGGGGAAAAGAGUCUUGUUCAUGUGAGGACAAAGGAUCUCUGUCCCCUUUUACUCCUCUGGCAUGAUUUGACUUAUACCACCAAGGGUUUUCACUUGCAGGGUAGGAGUCUGUCAAAGAUGCAAUAGAGGAGAAAUAUUUCCUUUAUUUAUUGAAUCAUUCUCUGCAUUGGAGCUUUCCUUAAAGCAUAACUUUUGUCUAAUGUUUCAGUGAUGAAGGCCCCCCCCCACUUCAUGUAUAUAUAGAAGGAAUGGUUUUCUUUGCCAACUGAACUAGACACACACAUAUGAUUUGGCUACUUGCAAGAAUUGUUUCUAAUGGCUAGAGCAGGAACGGGGAGCCCGUGUUCCUCCAAGAUGAUGUUGGGCCACUACUCCUAUCAUCCUUGACAAUUGGUCAUGUCAGCUGAGGCUGAUGGGAUGUGAAGUCUAAUAGCAUCUUAGGGGCUGCAAGUUCCCCAUCUCUGGGAAAAAUGGCUUGUUGGUGUUGGGAAGUUUUUAAUAACACAGCAGUCGCAUGAGUGUGUUGCUGUGUCUGGCUCCUCUUCACCUUCACUGUUGUAUCAAUGCUCUUUUUAUUUUAAAAUGCACUUAUGUAGAUCCUUAACCUGUCUAUAGCCUUCCAUGAAACUACAGUGUGACCUUCCUUUCCCUAACCAAGAAACACAGUGCAAUUCUGCUUCCUACUAUUUGAGGCAACAAAGCCCAGGAUAACAUAGGGAAAUUAUACAUUAACACAUAAAAAGAGAUGCAAUGGUCUCUAAUUGUUUUUAUGCCACAGAAUGUAUUUAAUCCAGAGUUGGUGUUACUUUUGAUGGGAGAUCAUUGCUCUUCAGGUGAUUAAACACUAGCCAAACACUGGGCAUUUAGCAAAUGCCAUAUUUGAGCUUGAUUUCUAGGUUUAGAAACUGCCAUAGAAGGGUCAGAUAGAAUGCCUGCCGAAGCCUCUACACUGAUGUCCCCAGGCAGAUGUAAGUUACUUGAUAAUGCCAAAUUAGUUGUAGAUAUUGUCACUGGCCUCCUUUGAGUCGACAGCCUUGGGAAGAUGUUGGGUUAUAAUGGAUUUCAUAUCCAUGGCUUACGAUUCUUAGAAUCAAAGGAGGAUAUAAAAGUUUAAAUAGGAGAAGCUCUUAGGGGAGUAUAAGGUCUUGGUAAUUGUGGUGUUACCUAUAAUGGCUCUAAAUGUGGAGUCAAGGUAUUGAUUCCAGUGUGGAUUUUCAGUCCAAGUGACUAAUGCUACACUGCAAUCUGGAGCCAAAAGAGCAAUCCAUUAGUUAGUGGUUCACAUCCUAUGUGAAUUAGAAAUCGUUGCUGUUUGAUGGUCACCACAAUUCAACCAUUCCCUGUAAAUUUUCCAUCUGUGAUGGGACAAAAGAUUGAAUCUAGUCUGUUUGGGGGGAGGGGGGACUCACUUGUUCAAUUAAGCAGCCAAAUUAUAGAUUGAAGGAGCCAUUGAAAUAUUCUUCUCAAAAGCUGAAGCACUUAGGCAGAUGAAAUGGCAUAUAUAGUGAACUUUGUUUCUUGCAGAAGUAUUUCUAUAUUCAAAUAGGGAA